AUGACCGGAAAGCCGACGGAUCCGAUCAAAAUUAAUAAAUGGGAUGGGCCGACUGUGAAAAACACAUUGGACGACGCUGUCAAGCAGCGAUAUUAUAUCCAUGCCGUUUCGAAGUCGAAGAUCGUUCUUGCUGUCUGCUCGGUGACGUAUUUCAUUUUGGGUGUGCUGCAGUUGUAUCAGUGGUACAUCGAGAAACGUACUUUUUAUCAAGCUGAAGAAUCGGACGGCAAACAGAAACGGAUAUGGAAGUGGAGCUCCGAGUUGAAAACUUAUGACGACAAGUACUCUCUUUCGGCCGAAUUCUGUAAGGAGUCGCGAUCUGGUCAGGGAAAAAUCACAAAAUCAAUUGGAGCCUAUAUAAAUGAGAAUGGAGAGGUAAAAAUGACCGGAAAGCCGACGGAUCCGAUCAAAAUUAAUAAAUGGGAUGGGCCGACUGUGAAAAACACAUUGGACGACGCUGUCAAGCAGAUAUUGAAUGACAGAGUUGGAUGGAAAGAGUAUCACUCACUGAUGGACGGCAGACUGCUCAUUUCGUUUAUUGCUGUUUGUUUCUCUGCAACUGCUAUUGUCUACGAUUAUAUCCAUCCGUUCCCGAAGUCGAAGAUCGUUCUUGCUGUCUGCUCGGUGACAUAUUUCAUCUUGAUGGGUGUGCUGCAGUUGUAUCAGUGGUACAUCGAGAAACGUACUUUUUAUCAAGCUGAAGAAUCGGACGGCAAACAGAAACGGAUAUGGAAGUGGAGCUCCGAGUUGAAAACUUAUGACGACAAGUACUCUCUUUCGGCCGAAUUCUGUAAGGAGUCGCGAUCUGGUCAGGGAAAAAUCACAAAAUCAAUUGGAGCCUAUAUAAAUGAGAAUGGAGAGGUCCUCAUUCCUUUGCUGAAGAAAGAAGUCGAUCAGCUGUACGAGAACUUGCUCAAGGGCGAGCAGUAA